GCAGGAGUAGUCAUCUAAAGAAUGACCGAUAAGCCACCGCCGCUGAAGGCACCUUCUACCGCCCAAGAAUGGGAGAAUUUAAUCGAGGACUUCCAAAACGGCGGAAUCGGUCUCCAGAAAUGGAUAUCGUCGCCUCGCACACUCGUUGAUCACUCCCUUUAUUUUCUUCUCAAAAAAGACUUUACUUUCAAAAUCCCUCUCCUUAUUUUCCUCGAAGAAUUCUCAGUGUCAUUUUUCACCUCCGAAUCUAACUUAACCCGCCUCCUAGAAACCCUCAAAUCCUUAAUCCAAUCCCCUCUCGAUGGCAUCUCUGUCACUUUGCAGCUCAAAGAGCAGUUCAUGAUCUCAAUCACAUCCAUUUUCAUAUCUAUCGACGCUCCUAACACUUUUCCGGCACGAUAUACUGAGGGGUUAGUUGAGCUGUUGCUUACCGUUAUUCAUAGGCCGAAUCAUGGUGCUGAUCGGCAUACUCGCGCAAUUGGGUGCGAGUGUUUGCGUGAGUUAGAGAAGGAUUACCCUUGUUUGCUUUCAAAUGUUGCUGGCCAUUUGUGGAGUUUAUGUCAAAGUGAGAGAACUCAUGCUUCUCAGUCUUAUCUUUUGUUGUUUACUAUGGUUCUUUUUAAUAUUGUUAAGUAUAAGUUGAAUGUCUCUCUUUUGAAUGCUUCUUUGCCAUUGCUUCCAUUUAAUUUGCCUCGCGAUAUUGUGAUUGGUUCGGGUUUUAAUUAUAAGGAGUUGAGGAGGGCUAUUGCAUUUUUGCUGGAAUCCCCUCAGGUUUUGACUCCAUGUGGGAUGAUUGAGUUCUUGCAAAUGAUAAUGCCAGUGGCUUUAGCUAUGGGAUUGCAGGCGUCUUUAUUGAAAGUUCAGUUCUUUGGAUUGAUUUACUCUUUUGAUCCUUUGCUUUGUCAUCUUGUUUUGGUUAUGUAUUCUAAUUUUCUUGACACGUUUGAUGGACAAGAGGGAGAGAUCGCUAAGCGAUUAAUGCUUAUUUCCAAGGAAACGCAGCAUUAUUUGGUUUUUCGAUUGCUAUCUCUUCAUUGGUUGUUCGGCCUGUUAAGUAGAUUGGUGUUGAGUAAAGAGGGUAAGAAAUAUAAGACGAUUAUUGAGAUGGGUUUCAGAUUCUAUUUGGCUGUUUUUGAUCCGCUUGCCUUGAAAGUAUUGAAGCUUGAUUUGCUUGCUUUUUGCUCAAUAUGUCUGAAUAUUGUAAAAGUGGAAGGUGGUGAUACCAGUAUGGAAGGGGGUGCAGCUGGUGCUGGGUCUAUUGUUAAGCUGUUUGAAGAUGCUCUAGUUUCCGUAUCAGCUUUUAAAUGGUUGCCUCCCUCGAGUACUGAAACAUCUGUGGCAUUUCGCACCUUCCAUAAAUUUUUGAUAGGCGCUUCGUCUCAUUCAGAUACUGAUCCUUCCACCACUAGAAUCCUCAUGAAUUCUGUCAUCUUUCGAACUUUACAGGGAAUGCUGGUGGGGAUGACAUUAGAAUUUUUAAGAUUGGUUCCUGUUGUUGUUUCUCUCAUUGAUCGUAUGUUAUAUUGCCAAAAGCAUCAUUGGUUGGGAGAGCGCCUACUUCAGAUGGCUGAUCAGUAUAUAUUUCCAAAAGUCAAAAUUGAUUAUAAGUUAGUUUAUUAUUUCCCGAUAUUUGACAGGAUAGCUGAGAACAAUGCAAUACCUCCUCGGAGGUUAUUAGACUUGCUUACCAAGUUUAUGGUUUUCCUUGUUGAGAAACAUGGCCCAGACACAGGACUAAAAUCAUGGUCUCGGGGAAGUAAAGUUCUUUGCAUUUGUCGAACUAUGAUGAUGCACCACCAUAGCUCUAGAUUGUUCCUUGAGUUAUCUCGCCUUUUUGCCUUCACGUGUCUAUACUUUCCCGAUUUGGAGGUUCGAGACAAUGCAAGGAUCUACUUGCGGAUGCUGAUCUGUGUGCCAGGGAUGAAGUUCAAAAGCAUUCUGAGUUUAGGAGAGCAACUACUUGGCAUUUUGCCUUCUACUUAUUCCAGCUCUUUCUUCAAUGUUAAUUCUCCUCAACGUUAUCAGAACUUGAAGAAAUCAAGGAGCAUCUCAUCCUGCAUUCAUCUGGACCGCAUGAUACCAUUACUUGUUAAGCAAUCAUGGUCGCUGUCUUUGUCUCCUUCAGAUACUGGGUGUAGCAAAUCAAUUUAUUUGGAGAGCAUAACGGAUUGCAAACCUCAGAUUGAUUUACAGGAGGUAGACACUAGUCCAGAUAAUUUGGCUAUCUCUGAAACUGAAAGAAGUAAUCAAUUGCAGGAGCCAUUACGUGUAAUGGAUUCAAAGAAUGCAGAGAUAUUAGGGGUAUUGAGGAAGCACUUCUCAUGUAUUCCUGAUUUUAGGCACAUGCCGGGGCUUAAGGUUAGCAUAUGUUGCAGUCUGAGGCUUGAAUCAGAGGCAUUCAAUCACUUAACGAGUUCUGGUAAUCAAUCAGGACUAGAUGCCCUUCCAGCCUUGUACGCGACUGUGCUUAAGUUUUCAUCCUCAGGACCUUAUGGGUCCAUUCCAGCAUAUCAUAUACCAUUUCUUCUUGGUGAACCCUCCAGGAAAAAUCAUGUUGGUGGCCCAUCAGAUAUAGUUCCUGUGGAAAAUGGUUCUGAAGAAGAAGACUACAGAGCUGCUGUGACGGUUGAUUUGGAACCAAGGGAACCUACACCCGGUGUGGUUGAUGUUUUCAUUGAAGCAAAUGUGGAAAGUGGUGAAAUAAUCCGUGGUCAGCUUCAAAGCAUAACAGUAGGUAUAGAGGACAUGUUUCUGAAGGCUAUUGUCCCAUCUGAAAUACCAGAAGAUGCAGUAGCUGGUUAUUAUUCAGAAUUAUUUGAUGCUCUUUGGGAUGCCUGUGGUGCGUCGACCAACAUCGGGCGGGAGACAUUCCCAUUAAAAGGGGGCAAGGGUGUUGCAGCACUCAAUGGGACGCGAUCGGUGAAGCUUGUUGAAGUUGGUGCAGAGUGUCUGAUUCGUGCCACGGAGCAGCAUUUGGGUCGGUUUGUUGUUUGUGUGAGUGGGGAACAGCUUGUGAACAUGGUUAAGGACGGUGGAAUCAUAAAGCACAUAAUAUGGAAGGAUGACUGUGUUGGUACAGAUUUACACACAGGUCCACUUCAUCUGACCUAUUUUAAUGAUGAAGACAAUGAGGUAAAUGGGUAUAGAAGAAAGUUGGGUGAGUUCUGUAUAUUGAUAUAUCUUCCACCAAGGUUCCAUCUUCUCUUCCAAAUAGAAGUGUCUGAGGUCUCAGCCUUAGUUCGAAUUAGAACUGAUCACUGGCCUUGCUUAGCAUAUGUGGAUGAUUAUCUGGAGGCUUUAUUUUUUACCUAAGCCUGCUUGUGUAAAUAACUCUGCAGCUAUAGUUUUUGAUGUAGUGAUAGACAAGUGUAUCUCUAUAAUUCUGUUGUGUAAUUUUUAAAGUUCAACCCCAUAACUUCUAACUUAA